AUGAGUCACUUCAAGUGGCUGGCUGGCACUAGCACUGGUGCCAUUCUUGCACUUGCUUUGGCCAGAGGCGAUUCUUUACGUCUUUGUCAAGGUUUAUAUUUACGACUCAAGGAUGAUAUCUUCAAAGGCAAAAAGCCGUAUUCGGACAAAACAAUCGAAUAUUUUCUCCAAAGUCAUUUUGGGAAUUCGCUUUCAAUGGCACAAAUUGAAUCACGAAGGGUGAUGGUCACAGCGACAAGCGUCAAAAAAACCACACCUGAACUGAAACUGUAUCGGAAUUAUAGUUUACCACUAGACAGAAAGCAGAAUGAAGCGUUGGGCUAUAUGGACCCGAAACAUAGUCUGGUCUGGAAAUGUGCAAGAUAUUCGAGUGCAGCACCAACGUUUUUCACACCAAAGGAUGAUCUCGUUGACGGUGGUCUAAUGUCAAAUAAUCCAACACUGGACCUUCUGACUGAUAUCCACACCUAUAAUGCUGCUUGUCAAUAUUCG